AUGGACGCCAGCCCCGACAGGGCGGCUGUAGAGGCGGAGGAGGAGUACAUGUCGCCCGAUCAGUCGCCCGGCGAGCCCGCAGCUCCCGGCGGCGGCGCUGCUGCCGAGGCGGCGGGAACCGCGCAAGCCCUGCCAGCCUCGCCCGAGGAGCCACUGGUGGACGUGGCUGCGCUGGCUGAAGAGGCAGAGGAGGACGAGGAGGACGUGGUGAACACGGUGUCGCGCCAGCUCAGCCGCCUGUCCAUCCCAGAGGCGGCCGACGCCGAGGGCGGGGCAGACAGCGGCGCCGCCAGCUCCACCGCUUCGGCGGGCCUGGAGGAGCCGCCGUGCUCCACCACCUCCCCCAGCAAAGCCAACUUCCUGCCGUCCCAGGAGCCCUCCCCGGAGCUUUUCGAGCGCCUGGCGGUCAGCGCCGACGGCGAAACGGCGGGCGAGGCUCCGGAAGGCUUCUAUCCGCGCAGCAAGAGCGUGAGCCCGGUGCAGCGCAAGAUCAAAGAGCUCGAGGCAGAGGCCUGGGGUGGCAUCCCUUUCGACCCCAAGCCCACGCCUACGAGGCUGGAGCGGGAGCUCGGCGGCUUCCAGGAUUUCAGGCGCAACGAGCAAAGCGCCCCGGAUCGCGGCGCCACCAGCCACCGCUCCGGCUCCGCCUCGCCCGCCAAGUCGCCCAAGAAGGGCAGCAGCAGCCAGGCGCGCUCCUUUCCUUGGCGCCCUGCGCCGUUGCCUGAUGGGAUACCGGAACAAACUGACGAGGCGCGGCUGGGCGCCUCGCCAGGCCCCACCCCCGAGGCGCUGUCUGAGAUGCUGGCUAAGCACAAGGAGAAGCAGCAGCGGCUGCGCGACGCGGCGGCGGCGCGCUCGCCCGACCGCUCCCCCAUGCCGCCCGCCUCCUCCCAGGUGCUGAUUGAGCAGCAGGCGGAGGCGUGGGGCGGCGAGUCGCUGGACGCGGUAAUCCUCCCCUCCAAGAGCCGCCUGGAGGCGGAGCAGGAGGAGUGGGAGGCCAAGAAGGCGGCGGGGCUGGUGGACGACGCACGCGGCGGCGCCACGCCUGUGGCCGCUGUGGCGGCCGCCGAGCAGCAGCAGGCGGAGGAUGGGUUUGUGGAUGCGGCUUCGCCAGAGGGGGCGGCGGAGGCUGAGGAGGAGGUGUAUGAGGAGGCUGAGGCUGAGGAGGAGGAGGAGGAUCCGUUUGCCGGCAUGAGCUUGGAGGAGCUGGAGGCUGCGCUGGCGGAGGCGGAGGCGGAGGCGGCGGCAGCCGAGGCGGCGGCGGCCAGCCAGGGCGGCGACGCGGGCUACGUCACCGCGGCGGGCGCCUUCCGCGGCCUCAGCCUGGGCGACCUGCAGAUGCGCAAGAGCCGGCUGGAGCGGGAGCGCGACGCGGCGCUGGCGGCGGCGGCGCCCCGCGUCAGCGCCAAGUCCACGAUCCCGUCCCCGGUGGUCAGCGGGCCGGGGCUGGAAGAAGGGCUGCUGGUGCGCAAGAGCCGGCUGGAGCUGGCUCGGGACGCGGCGCUGGCGGCGGCGGCGCCGCGCAUCAGCGCGACGGGAUCUCGCCCCACCUCGGCGCAUGCAGAGGCCAGCCUGGAGGACACACUGGUGGUGCACAAGAGCCAGCUGGAGUUGGCCCGUGACGCCGCCCUAGCGGCAGCAGCGCCCCGCGUGUCGGCCCGCGGCUCCCGCCCCACCUCAGCGCAGGCGGAGCUCAGCCUUGAGGACAGCCUGGUGGUGCACAAGAGCGUGCUGGAGAAGGAGCGAGACGCGGCUGUUGCGGCGGCGGCGCCGCGGACCACUCGCACCUCGCGGCCCGCGUCGGCAGAGGGCACCUUUGGGGACGACCUUCUGGUGCAUAAGAGCCGGCUGGAGCGGGAGCGGGACGCGGCGCUGGCGGCGGCGGCGCCCCGCGUCAGCGCCAGCGGCUCCCGCCCCACCUCGGCGCAGGCGGAGCUCAGCCUUGAGGACAGCCUGGUGGUGCACAGGAACCGGCUGGAGCUGAUGAAGGAGGCCUCCGCGGCGGCGGCGGCGGCGGUGAGCGUGGAGGCAGAUGCCACCUCCCGCCGCACCAGCCAGGCCUACGAGGGGCCCACCCUGGAGGAGUCCUUUGGCACCAAGCGGCUCAGCAAGCUGGAGCAGGAGCAGGUGGCGGCCAAGGCGGCGGGGGCUGCGGGGGCGGCGGAUGCCGGCGUGGGCCGCAAGUCGCAGCUGCAGCUGGAGCGCACUGCCGCCGCUGCCGCGGAGAAGGCUCUGAAAGCCAAGGAGCUCUUGGCCAAGGCGCGGGCUGCAAAGGCCGCAGCGGCCGCCAAGGAGGCGGCGGGACUGGAGCAGGCGCUCAAGCCCACGCCGCCCAGCAAGCUGCAGCAGGAGCGGGACGCGUGGCUGAAAGCGGGCAAUGCAUGA